AUGUAUUUCCUGCUACUGUUUCUGUCCGCAAGGAGUUCUAUAGCCCAAUCUGAUAUAAAUGUCAUUUGUGAUGGCGUGGUGUUCAACGGCCAAUAUUAUGAUAAGCAGCUGCUGUUCAAAGAUUUUGGAAGAUCAUACAACUUAGUGAUGCAUGAGGCUACAGGACAACUAUUCUUCAGCCAUGCAGUCAACAAUGAUACUUAUAGCUUCAGAAAAAUCAAAUCCUGUGACAUACACAAUAAGACUUGCAACGCGGUAAUGGGGAUUAAUGGAGGCAAUGCAAUAUUUUACGAUCAACAAAAUAACGAGUUAUACUUUGGGGGGUACGAUGGUGUUUAUAAAUACAACUUCAUGACCAACAAGGCGGAGAUUUUACACGAAAAGGGCAUGCCUAUAUGGGAUUUGUUCAUCAAUAACAAAAAAAUAUAUUUUAUAACGUACAAAGGAAAGUAUCUUUAUGUCUAUAAAGACAAUAGCUUUGAUAAAGUGCAAGAAGUUGCCGACGUGCAUGUAGAGAAUUUCUUUAUUACCAAACAUUCCAAAUUGUAUUUUUCCAACGACACUGGUUUAUACAUGGUUGAGAAUCAUCAUAUGCCCUUUGAUCCAGCGAUUUUGAUUAAGAAUAACAUUACUGUAAGGCAAAUAACAGAAGAUAUUUACGGUAAUGCUUAUUUUUGUGCAAAAGAUGGAAUCUAUAUGGAUGAUUUGGUUAGCGGCAGUAUAAAACAACUAGCCCAUAUUGACGACCUCUCUAGUAUUGUACUUAUACCUACAGGAGUAUAUAGUAAUAAUAUUAUAUAUUCGGAUAAAGAUGCUAUUUAUAGAUUAAGUCCAAGUAGAAACGGGUACUAUUGCUACAAUUCCACACAAAGUGACCAGAAAGAAAACUGA